AUCUUGCGGUGAAAUGAACAACUAAAUAAUCGACAACGAAGUGUCAAAUAUGGCGAAACGUAUGUUCGUAUGAUUAUAAAAAUUUGUAAUGGCAGUUACAGUUCUAGGUGAUAAAUGAUUGGAAAAUGGAAUCAUUUCCAGAUGUACGGGACAUGCUAAAAGCGAUGUUAUCAUGUUUGGUUAGAAGUGUGUGAAACGUCAGUUCAUUGUGGCUCGGCGCGGUGUGCCAAAGGCCGACUGGGGUAUGGUUGGUCUCAAACCAUGGGCGCUCAGCAAGCCAAAGAACGUGCAGGAUCUACUGGAGCAUUGGCUGUCAGAAGUACGAUAAGAAAUAAACCUAGGAACCCUAAGGAUGGGCGUCACCAAGGGUCCAAUAUCUUUACGGAACAUAGUGUUUGGCGUUAUGUUGGCACAGAAGCACUGCUGCAGAGCCGGCCACUGCCCCACAUCCCAGACCUGUCGGAUGGCGACUCGCCGACAGCCUCCGCGGCCGCCGCCCCGGGGCCCGCACCGGGGACCCCCGUCCCCUUGGAUGGCGCCAACCGCUGGACAUCCAAGGAAAACCUCCUGGCACAGGAAGAGGACGAUCCGCAACUGUUUGUUGCACUAUAUGACUUCCAGGCGGGCGGGGAGAACCAGCUGAGUCUCAGGAAAGGCGAGCAGGUCCGCAUCUUGAGCUACAACAAGAGCGGGGAGUGGUGUGAGGCACACUCGGCGUCGGGCCAGGUGGGCUGGGUGCCGUCCAACUACGUGACACCGGUCAACUCUCUGGAGAAGCACUCGUGGUACCACGGCCCUAUUUCGCGCAACGCGGCCGAGUACCUGCUCAGCUCGGGCAUCAACGGCAGCUUCCUGGUGCGUGAGUCGGAGAGCAGCCCUGGCCAGCGGAGCAUCUCUCUGCGCUACGAGGGCCGCGUCUACCACUACCGCAUCAACGAGGAUGCCGACGGCAAGGUGUACGUCACUACGGAGAGCAAGUUCAACACCCUGGCGGAGCUGGUGCACCACCACUCAAUGCACUCGGAUGGCCUCAUCACCCAGCUUCUGUACCCGGCGCCCAAGCACAACAAGCCGACUGUGUUCGCCCUCAGUCCAGAGCCAGACGAGUGGGAGAUCAAUCGCACGGACAUAGUGAUGAGGCACAAGCUGGGUGGCGGCCAGUACGGGGAUGUGUACGAGGCUGUGUGGAAGAGGUACAAUGUCACCGUCGCUGUCAAGACCCUCAAGGAAGACACGAUGGCCUUGAAAGAUUUCCUGGAAGAGGCAGCGAUCAUGAAAGAGAUGAAACAUCCAAAUCUCGUCCAACUUCUAGGGGUGUGCACUCGGGAACCCCCGUUCUACAUCAUCACAGAAUUCAUGAGCAAAGGCAACUUGCUGGACUACUUACGGAAUGGCAACAAAGAGCUCAUAAACGCUGUUGUGCUCAUGUACAUUGCCACACAGAUUGCUAGCGGAAUGAGCUACUUGGAGAGCCGCAAUUUCAUACACAGGGAUCUAGCUGCUCGCAACUGCCUGGUGGGAGAGAACCACUUGGUGAAAGUGGCAGACUUUGGUCUGGCUCGCCUCAUGCGGGACGACACCUACACGGCCCACGCUGGUGCCAAGUUUCCUAUAAAGUGGACUGCUCCAGAAGGACUGGCUUACAACAAGUUCUCCACGAAGUCUGAUGUGUGGGCGUUUGGCAUUCUGUUGUGGGAAAUAGCAACGUAUGGUAUGUCACCAUAUCCUGGGGUGGAGCUAACCGAUGUGUAUCAUAUGCUUGAAAAAGGUUACAGGAUGGAGUGUCCACCGGGCUGUCCCCCUAAGAUUUAUGACCUGAUGCGCCAGUGCUGGCUGUGGAACGUGGGUGACAGGCCAAGUUUCCAGGAAAUACAUCAUGCCCUGGAGAACAUGUUCCAGGAAUCAAGCAUAACAGAGGAGGUAGAAAAGCAACUCCAAGGCAGUGGAACUCCUCAGCUGUCGUACAAGAAACCUCACGCAGGCAGCACUGGUAACAUCCAUGGACUGGUCAUCAUGUCGGAACAGGCGGCCUCAGCAGGACUUGUGUCAGAUGGGUUGACUAACAAGAUGAGCACGUUUGUAGGUAGCUCGAGUAAGAACAGCAGUCUGGUCCAGAUGCGCCGGCCGACAAAUAGGAAAGGCAAGCAAGCCCCAGCGCCACCCAAGCGCACCAGUCUGCUCUCUUCUUGCAGCUCGUUCCGGGACAGCCAGUACGGCGGCGGGGAGGGGGACGGGGGAGCGGCCGGGGACCAGCCCGACUGCGACGCGGCCUCCUCAGAUCUAAAUGGUAUUGAUAAGAUAUUUGAAGGAAUAACCCGUGACCUUCAAAGCCUUGCAGCCAGCAACAAGGGAGACAGUGAAAGUGAUGUUCAAGAUCAAACUCCAGACACAGACGAUUCAGGGGCCCAUUCCUAUCCAGAGGCCCCGACAGGUACGUUCACCUCUUUCAAGAGAAUGCCAGUCAUGGGUCACCGUGGAUUGGAGCAACGUGGCAAGAAAUCACGCACGUAUCCUCCCAAAGAGAGUGCUCAGAAGGCAGUUCAAGUAGUCGCGCUGGAGGUGCAGAACGUGAAGCGUGCCAUCAACUGGUAUGGCACGUUACCCAAAGAGAAGAGGAUCGGUGCCUACCUCGAGUCUUUACGUCAGAGUGGUCUCACGCACGGAGAAACUGUUGAUCCGGGUGCAGAAACUAUAGAUGUCCCAAUGACACGUACCAAUAUCCGGACGCAACCUCAGAUGAUUCGCAGUAACUCUUCGGGUGGAGCAUUUCACCCUCACCCCCCUCCUUCUUCGCCUCGUCCGAGGACCGCCAUUUCACGGAAUGCGAGCAUCGACGUAGCAGGGGGCAGCUUGCGGACGUUCCGGCCAGCCAACAGCGCUGUGUCCACCUUCAGGGGUGGCAGCCCCUCACGUGCGCUGCAGCCAAGCUUGGCCGACCUGGAGUUCCCCCCACCUCCUACAGAUCUCCCUCCACCACCUGAAGAGUUUGACUGUUCAGGUCCGUGCCCGCAGGAACCUGCAACGACUACGUCAUCUAGGUUUGGUGUUAGUCUGCGUCACCGCGAGCCUAGUCCGCCUCCUUCCGUCAACUCGCCGAGCCUCUCCCCACCACCUUCUCCACCUGAAACCGAUGAUCGUACACCUCCACCACCACCUCCACCCCCUCCCCCACCACCGGCUCCAGCACUGGAGGAAAGACUUACUGGCUCAGUUUCUAAAGUAUCACCUUUGACUGAUGCCAGUCCAUCCCCCAAAGAAGAUAAGAUGUCGGUAGUGUGCAAAAUGGGGAAGGGAAUGCUGACCAGCAUGAAAGAAAUGCUAGAGUUGAAGCUCGUGGCAGAAAUAAAGGAGCGAGCUGACCAGAAAAACCGUGUUGCAAUCAGAGAAUCUCCUCAAACAGACAAACGGGCAGUAUCAACGUCCAUAGAUCCUGCAGUUCAGUUGGUGUCUGAGAUUUCAGAAGGUGUUCAAGAUGGUAUAGUAGAAACUAUGCAGUGUCCCAUCUCGCCAUUGGAUUUUAAAGCAAAUCUACGAAGAGUGAGUAGGGAAAGUUUGGUGGACGGCAUUGCAAAUAAGCAAGCACCAGGAGUAAUGAGUUUUAAAACACAGCUGAAGAAGUUUGAAUCUCGCAAGUCAGAUGGUCGGGAAGAAGGUGAGGAGGCAAUGGGGAACAUCAUUGAUUUCAAGUCGAGGCUCAGAAAGGUGGAAAGUGUGCAGAGCAAGAAGUCUGAGGAAGAAGACUCCACAUGUGGGACUGAAGAAGAAAAAAAUGAAGUGGAUGAUGAAGGGAAGAAACGGGAGAGUGUGGGGGAGGAAGGAGAUGACAAGAGACGUAGUACAGGUAGCAUAAGCAGUUUAAAAAAGUUGUGGGAAAGCAAAGAGGUAGCUGACCCACCUAGUCCCAAACUGGGGCUCAAAACCAGUCGACCAGAGACGGAAGGUCACAGUUCACCAGAAGAAGGUCAUGGAAGGAGGGUGUGGCCACCAUCGGAUGAAAAACCUGCGGUGCCUGUUAAACCUGUCAUGAGAGCGGUGAAGCCGACGAUGUCCAUGUCCAAGUUACCAUCUGGUCCAGCGAUCUAUGCUACGCCUGGUGUACUAAAGCUUCCGGGAAUAUCUCAAACAGAGAGUGGUGGAGACGGCAGCACUGCGAAGACAGAAAAGGAAAAUGUGUUGGAGAUAUCACAAGCUCUAGAAACAUCUCUUUCCUCGCUUAGAACAGCCACGAAUGUCUCAACCGGCUCGUGGCUGCAACUAUCGGACAAAGUUGGACUGUUCCAUUCCUCGUGUGUUGGUUAUGCGGAUCGAAUCGUACCAUCACAUGCACGCUUUCAUUUUCGUGAACUUCUGACACGUUUAGAGAGCCAGGCUCGGCUGUUACGCUCUGCCGGUGCGCGCAACAGUGCAGACAAUACAAAGCUCUUUACUGAAGUUCAAAACACUGUGAAAGAUGUUAUUAAUGCAGUGCAAAGAUAAAAGUGCUUAUAGAGUUGUACCCCAUGUUCACAUUUGCGCACUGUCUUUAGUAACCAUUAAGAAUUGUUUCACAAUUCACCUUGGGUACAGUAUUUAUGAAAGUGUAACUUGACGUUCAAGUUAUCAUUUUAUUAUUAUCAUUUCAGUAAUACUGUUAAGUUGUUCAUGUCUUAUACACGUUUAUUAUUUUUGCAAACAUAUGUUGUUGCAGUGUUUUGCUAAAAAAAUCAAAUUUUUUUUCCCAACAUGUUAAUUGUUUUAUGCUAGUCAUUCAGUGCUGAAGGGAAAAAAAAAAAUCCUUUUAACUUUUGAUUCACCUCUGCCUGCAGGUGGUUUUAUUUUGACAUAAUGGUUUCAGAUUGUGAUACAUCAUACCCAUCUAAUAAUAAUCAGAGCUCAAAUGUCUGUAUUGAUGUUUUCAUAUUGAUGUUGAAAAUCUGAAGUUUUAGUGGAAACAGCUAAACAUCACCAAGCAUUCUAAAAUUAAUUUUAAUCUCCUAAUUUAUGGAUUACAGGUUUGAGUAUAAAAAGGAUUUUUUUCGUGAAGCUUACUUGAAAAGCAUGUAUGUAGAGGGAUUUGAAAGUAAACUGUUUUAAGCAUAGCUUAUCUGUGUGUGUGUCUGGAAAUUUUCUUCAGGAUGAAACCAACUGAAAUAAAAUUUUAGUACAUACUGUCAUUGCCAAAGAUAGUGAAGGUUUUUUUAAGUCCAUGCUCUUCCAUAGGUAUUCAGUGGUUAGUUCUUGUAUUGAUGAUUCCUGCUAUACAAGCAGAAUUAUGUAUUUCUUUGUUUGAGCUUUUAAUUGUUAUAAUUUUUGUCAUUUUGACAGAAUAAUGAAAAACAGUGCCCAACUUAAUUGGCAUACUUUAAUUUGACCAUUUUAUUUUUUGAGUGGCAUUCCAGUUGCUAUACUGUUUUGUAAUUUUUUAUUCACAAAAAUACACUUAUUUAUUGGGACCAGUUUCACAUUGGUACGGUGUGGUUUCUGAUAUGAAUUUUUAAAAGUACUUUAGUGGGUGUGAAAAUCUGCAUUCUGGCAGUGGAUGAUAGAAAAUACUCGUGAAAUGUUGACUAUUAGUGUGGAGGAUGCAAAUUACAAUUUGUGUUAUGCUAGUCUUUGUAUAGUAUAGAAUAAUGGAUUAUGAAUACAGUUAUAUGUAUGUAGAUAUAAGUAAGGAAGUAUUUUGUUAGCUCCAAAGAUAAAAACUCAUUUAUAAUGUUGUUCAAUAUCCAAAAAUUGUGUAAAAUAUUUUAUUUCUAUGCUUUCCUGAACUCGGGUCUUUUGUUUGGUUUUUAUUUCCUUCUGCUAGAUGGAGAACAACGAAAAAAUAGUUUACUGUGCUGGACCUGCAUAAUGUUUAUGCAGUUGACAUCAUUUACAAUCAUCUGUUCAUAAAGUAGGAUAGUAAUAGUUGAAAUGUUAUGUUGUUCACGCAUUCUCCUAAUUUAAAUUAUCUACCUGUAUUCUGCUACAGUUAAGAGGCUGAUGGAUGUGUUUUCUUUAGAAAAGAGCAUUAAUUAUAUAGAAGAUAAACAAGGACCUGUGUUAACCUGAGUUGCUGUAGGCCUUAACAUGAAAAUACGUGAGAGACUAAACCCAAAUUUAUAUCUACUCAAUCUGUUUGUAGUGUGUUUGAAAGGUCAUAAUGCUCUAAUUGUGUACCUAGUACAAGAACAGACAUAAAAUCACUUAUCUCUCAAGAACUACAUAUCUUUGUUUACAGUUUUCAAUAGUUUAGUGUAAAUUUCUCAAAACAUGUUUUCCAGCCUCAGGUAGUGGGACAUACAAGAAAUUUGUAUCACUGGAUACUUAAGUGCAUAUAUGGUGCCAUUACAGAAAGGCUUUUUAAGUCUUACUCUAAUGGGUAAUGAAAUUGUAUCUCAUUAGUUAAUGCAGGGUCCAAUUAUUAAUUUUAACAAUUGUACACUGCAUAAUGAUUUUAUGGCAUCAUAGAGUUUUAUAUUAUAGUAUGUGAUAACAUGCAGCAUUGGUAAUUUUUCCUUGCAGUUUAAUCGUUCACAUCAACUGAUGUUGUUGACAGACUUUUGUAUUAGCUUUAUGUUGAUUAACGAUGGCUCAAGUAUUGUUCACUAUAUGUAUUUAUGUCUUCGUAAAAUAUAUAAAUCUUUGUACUUUAGACAAAGAUUAAAAAUUUUAAAACUGCAUUUUUAUUCAUGUAUUUUUUCUUGAAUGACUGCGCCGCUGAUGUAUAUUUAAUUUUUCUUUGUAUAUUAAUGCAUGCAUUUUGUACAGAGGUGUAAUGUUUAAGAUUGUGUCCUAUAUAAAUGUAGAUGACUGUGUGAUAUUAUGUUUGUACAAUUGACUCAAAUAAAGAACUGAAUAUGUAGGUACGUAA